UGGUCUUCCUCUCAGCUUUGAGAGAUGUCUGGGAAAUAAGUUGCAGAGGUCGUUCCUGCUGGAUCUUUUUGCUGGACAGGCUGUCAUCCACUCAUCUGUUUUGGGGGGGAAAAUGACUCUAACAGAAAAGUCCAAGUUCAGCAUAAGAAGGACCUCUGGGUUUACUCCCUAAAAGAUAAUUUAGGGUUUGCAUAACCUGGGAAGAGAGAGAGAGAGAAGAUGACUGAAUUUGAAAUCGAGAAACCAGAGGAGUAUCAUCCUGUGAAUUCACAUAUAAAAGAGAAUGGAGAAAGUAAUGGAAGCAUCAGUGUAUACUUAAGCAAACACAAAACAGGCAGUUUGAAACCUUUAUUUGGAAAUAAUUUCUGUGUCAAACGCACAGCAGCUUUUUACAUUGCAUCUUUGAGUGUGAUACUUAAUGUCACUCUGAUCAUUAUCUUCCUCAGCUUAUCAGUGAGACCAAGGGGACCGUCUCCAUCUUUUCCUACUUGCCCAGUGGUCUCCUGUCCAAAUGGCUGGGUUGGAUACCAAGGGAAAUGCUACCAUUUUGCAAAGGCUGAAGAAAACUGGACAUCUAGCAAGAGGCACUGUUCUUCUCUCAGUGCUUCUUUGGCCGUGGUUGAUUCCCAAGGAGAGAUGGACUUUAUGUUGCGCUACAAAGGUAAUGCAGACCACUGGAUUGGUCUCGAAAGAAAUCAAGGUCAGCCCUGGACAUGGGUCAAUGGUACCAUUUUCAAUGGCUGGUUUACAAUUCUUGGAGGAGGAAGCUGUGCAUAUAUGAACCACCUUGGUAUUGCCAGCUCUGGCUGCUCAAGCAAAGAACUUUGGAUCUGCAGUAAACCAAUUGUGAGGUGACAAAGAGCAUUCUGUGCAUCAAAUGAGCCUCUGAUCCCUAUGGAACACACUUGUGGAGAAGUUGGAGAAAGUCAGCUUAUGGGAGAAGCAAUUGUCUGUGAAAUGUGAUCCCUCAACUAGUGAACAUGUAAAAGGAUAUUUCAACCUUUCAAGCUGAGUUAUAGUUGUGGACUUCAUUUACAUUUCAAUGCAUGAACCUGGAAAUAAUUCCUACUUUGAAGGACUAUGGAACUGAUGAUUUCUCCUCCCCCCCCCCCCAAAAAAUGGGGGGAAAUCAUCUUGCAAGCUGAUCCCAGAGGAUAGCAGCUUCCCCCCCUUUCUCAGAUUCCCAACCUGCUUAUAUUUUCCAAAUCAGUGAAUGAGCUCAGUUAAUCUCAUUGCAUAAUAAUACCUUUCUAUAUGAAGUACUGUAAAACUUCCUUUCCUCCAAAGUUGUUGCGCUGUACCAUCCUGUAUCCUUCAUUUCUUAUUGUGCAAAAUAAAUCCAUUUACAAAUUUACUUUGUUGUUUUUUUAAAAAUGGAGCUUGUUCCAUGAACUAAUAAAAAUGUAUUUCCUAAAUAAAAAAUACUUUCAUUUAU